GUUCUUGCCCGGGAGAGGAGACGUCAACCAAGCCUGUGGUGUUGGGAGACAAAGCCUUCGUUAAACCGCAAAGAGGACAAGAGGCGGCAACGACUGGACGUUUGUUUCUUCCCAGUAGGCCCCCGUAUCUGUGGCAAAGACUAUACACACACCAUACACACAGAGAGCACAUACACACAGACACCAUGUUCCAGACAGCCUCCGAUCAGAGCAACCCUGGCAAUACUGUAAAUGCAGGCGCCAGCAAGGACCAGAAGGAGAGAGAGCUGAGCAACCAGCUGAAGGACGCCAAGCAUAACAAGGCCACGAAGCAGAUUAUCCCGUUUGAAACAGAAGCCCUCAGACUGAAACAAAAAUGCAAAGACUUGAAGCAAAAGAUAGCAGACAUUGAAGCACAGAACCAGGUACGGGCCAUCGGUGUAUCGAGAGCCAAGGACUCGAUAUCUAGACUACGGUUCGAGUACUCGUUGCUCUUGGAAUCCUUAGAGAAAAAAAGCGACACACUUGGUUUCCCUGACUUGAAGAGCUUUACCCCAUCGGAUAUAGAUGCAGACUCCAUCGAGUCGUUGUCUCUCGAGGAUAUAACUAAGCUUUUGGGCACAACACCGCUUGCCAUCUCCAACAUUCAGAGCCUGCUUCCAAACGCCUUGGGCGAUCUCAUUUCGGAAAGACAUCAGCAAUACAUAAACAGUUCCUCCGCAACAGAAGCUGCCCCUGCCGCCAAUGGGAGAACGCGUAGGAAAAGAGGAGUGGCUAAUGGAUCGACGGCCUCGGCAAGGAAGAGAGCCAGAGAUCCAAGAGAACCUAAAAGACCUACAAACGCUUACCUUUUCUUUUGUGACUCUGAAAGAGAUCGUGUGAAGGCAGAGUGGGCAGAGAACCAUCCAAACGAACACAUUGAUUUGUCAAGAGCAAUGACAGACGUAUGGAGGAAAAUGUCCAACGACGACAAGAAGCCGUAUUUUGAAAUGUAUGAAAAGGACAAGGAAAGAUAUCACAAAGCCGUCGAGGAAUUUGCAACUAUCAAGGAGCAGGAACGAUUGGCUGCUACUCAGCCAGCUGCAGAUGCUUCUGUGGAGCCUGAAGCCGAAACCCCAGCUGGCGCUAUUACUACAAACGAAAUUACUCCUGUAGAUGCCGGUCAUGACGAUGAGGCAGACGUUUCCAUGCAGGAACCUGAAAACACAGACGUGACGUACGAUGAACACAAAUCCGCACUAAAAAAUGAAGAAGAGCAUGAAGAGGAAGGUGUUGUAGGAGGAGAAGUAGAAGGUUAUAAUCAGGACAACGAUACCAGCAAGGCUUCUAUAGUCCAUGAAAAUGGCCAGUCAGGUAACGGUGACCAUCCUGCCAGCCACAACUUGAGUGACACCGAAGAACAAUUCCAUUCUGAGCUUCACGAGGAAGAGGACGAAGAUGAUGCAGGAGAAGACGAUGACGAUGAAGAAGAUGAUGACGGAGACGGGGACGGAGACGGGGACGGCGAUGGAGAUGACGAUGGCGAUGAAGAAGAAGAAGACGACGGUGAAGGAGAUGCAGAAGAGGACGCUCACGGUGAGCAGGAAGAAGACGACGAUGAGGCAGAGGAUAUAGCCCAUAGCACUGAUGCCACUGACGGUAUACAGGAGGAUGAUGAGAGAUUGGAAAUUCCCAUGUUAAAGUCUGAGCCUGACGAUAUUUUUUUCAACGAAGAUAAUGAGUUAUAAUUUGCUGUUGUCAAACAUGACAUGUAUAAUAUAAAUUUAUAAUCAUAUCAAAUUUUUUUCAUUGAUUUAUAUGUAAUUCUAUUUAGAAAAUUAAAAAGUGCUGUAUACUUUAUCCGCUAUCCAUAACAGCAUUAGUAAAAUUCGAUCAGAACCGGCUUCUUUUAGGUUUAUAGUACCCGUUCUCGUCUUUAUUAGACUUACGCUUUUCCCUGACCUUGACAUGCUUCUUCAACUUUCUUCUUGCUGCAAGCUCAGGGUUGUUUAAAGUCAUUUGUGCUCUUUUCGUCUUUCUCUCAUACCUUCUUUGUUGAAUAGCCUU